CGGCGCCGCAGGAGGCGGAGGACAACAUGAAAUUAUUGCCAGUGGACUGUGAGAGGAAAACAGAUGAGUUCUGUCAGGCCAAGCAGAAGGCGGCCUUACUGGAGCUGCUGCACGAACUGUACAACUUCCUGGCCAUCCAAGCUGGUAAUUUUGAAUGUGGAAAUCCAGAGAAGCUAAAAAGCAAAUGCAUCCCUGUAAUGGAAGCCCAGGAAUAUAUAGCAAAUGUGACCAGCAACUCCUCCGCCAAGUUUGUAGCCGCCCUGACCUGGAUACUGAGCAGUAACAAGGACGUGGGCAUCUGGUUGAAAGGGGAAGACCCGUCUGAGUUGGUGACGACGGUGGACAAGGUGGUCUGCCUGGAAUCCGCCCGCCCCCGCAUGGGGGUGGGCUGCCGCCUGAGCCGUGCGCUGCUCACAGCUGUCACCAAUGUGCUCAUCUUCUUCUGGUGCUUGGCCUUUCUGUGGGGGCUCCUGAUCCUCCUGAAAUACCGGUGGCGGAAGUUGGAAGAGGAAGAGCAGGCCAUGUAUGAGAUGGUGAAGAAGAUCAUAGACGUGGUCCAGGACCACUACGUGGACUGGGAGCAGGACAUGGAGCGCUACCCAUACGUGGGCAUCCUGCACGUGCGUGACACCCUGAUCCCUCCACAGAGCAGGAGGCGCAUGAAGCGGGUCUGGGACCGGGCAGUGGAGUUCCUGGCCUCCAACGAAUCCCGGAUCCAGACGGAGUCUCACCGUGUGGCCGGAGAAGAUAUGCUGGUGUGGAGAUGGACUAAGCCCUCUUCCUUCUCCGACUCGGAGCGAUAAACCCUGGGCAGGGGCCGGUUCCCAGUCAGCCUGUCCCAGGCCAGUCUCUUCCAGAGACGUGAGAAGGCUACCAUCCUGCCGGUGCUGAAUUCACACUUGCCUUGACUUUCACCCUCCUCUCGACCCUGGUUCCAAAGGUCUCUCUGUCUGACUUUUCAGAGAUGAGCUCAGUAUGAAAGUAUGGGCUUCCUUAAGGGGCAGAGGGGAGAAGCCAGAGGUCAGGUGGGCAGCUGUCCUCUGCACAGGUCUGAUCCUCUCUGCCCCAUUUUGCUGGCAGAAAGGGGAGAUGGGUUUGUUUUCCAUGAAAAGAAAAGGUAAAAGUACAGUGGCCGUGAGACCCUGCAGAGCAAGCGUGUGGUUGGGUGGACAGCAGCUUGUCCACUGCGAGUGAGCGCCCGGCAGCAAGGUGGGCACCAUGCCUGUGGGAGGUGGGUUGGGAUGGUGGGCUGGGGCAGCAGGGGUUGGGAAGCAGCUUGGUCAUGUGCCUUCGGGGGAUGUUACUUGGGAGCUGAAGGAUGAGGGGAGAAAGCCAGCCCUCUAGCUGAAUCGGGCCUCUUAUCCAAGAGGGGAAAGGGGCUAGAAAUUAGAGCAAGCACUGUAGGACAACUAUCUAGAAACGCUGGCUCUGGCGUGGGGGGCCUCAGGUCAGGUGGAGUGAGCAACUGGUGUGGCCUCCUGGGAGGAACCUUGAGUUGACCCAGGGCCAAGAGCAGAGAGGAGGAUCAAGGCUGCCGCCAGUCACCAACCUGGCAGUGCCACGGAGGCAGCCUCCCUGGUGGGCCUCUUCACUAGACCGGUGCGGCCACAACACUGCACCCGAUCGAGAUUCUAGGACCUGGGGAGCCUCGCGCUUCCUGUGGGCGAAGAUCAUCUGGUUGACAGCGACCGUGGCCUCCCAUCCUGGGGCAGUUUAAGGAGAACUUCAGCGUGGUGCACAUUAGUGCUGUUCCUGGGCACAGAAGCCACCGCUGCCCCCUGCUGGCCACCGGCCGAGCUUCCUCAUGGCCCCCGUGCAGCCCAUCCGCCGCUAGGCGGGAGCAGGCUCCAGAAACACCCCGCGGGGGGCCUUAUUAGUUAAGUGCGGGGAGCCUCUCCAGCAGACUACAUCCUCAUAUGUUCUCAGACGCGGCAGGCGGGAAAGGGGGCCCGCAGAGGAGAUGGAACAGCUGCCUCCAAAAGGCAUUAACCCCCCUUUCUGGAAUUAUUGGUAUUUUUUGUUUCCUUAAUAAAGCUCCAGUCUCCCUCAUUUGAGCAAUACACUCUCAUUUCCUCUGAUGUCUGGGUGAACAGCGGGGCUGGAAUCCGAGUGCUGGCCCGGUGGCAAAACAGAAGUCUUCUAAUCAGGCUCCAGCCAGAAGAAUAAGAAACUGCAGCAGGCUUCAAUAUCAGGGUUGAAACUGUUGGAUAAAUAAACUAUUAAAAAUGGA